GAGAAGCAACAGCACCGUCAUCUGGUCAUCGAUGUUCCCAGCUUAGACCCAGUUCUGUCCAAACCACGCCAUCGACACAAGCACAAGCAUAACAAAUCCAACGACGGUCGUUUCCCACGGAAGAAGACUCAACCUUCAACAUCCACCGCUGGCAGAGGUCUACUGCUGACUUGGUCCAGCAUGAGAGAUAAGGAAAACGAUGAUGGGAAGGGUCUUCUCCGACCGGUCACUCGCCGAACCACACGGUCAUUCUGCGGAUCGGAGUCAUUCACGGGGCUGAAUGACGAGAGCCGGAGAGGGGGCUUGCCUGAGGGUAUUGAUGCAAACACAAAGCUUGGGCCGGUCGCACGUCAAGAGAUUCGGUCAGCAGAGGAUCUGGAGCAAGUGAGGGGUAGACGAAAAUACGGAGAGGAGUAUCUUAGGUCCGCUUUAUCGCUCAUCGGAAAACUUGCCACAGAUAUCACGCGCAGGCUGGAUUACACAUAUUAUAAUCUUCUGGAGAAGGUAGCAGCCUUGGAUGCUACACUAUUCUCUUUUCAGGAGCUACUGGGAUCUACAUCAAGUCUCUUUGCUGACUUCAAGCGGGAAACAUCAGGUUUAGACCAGGAAAUUCGAAAACAAAUUGGAGAACUUCAAGACUUUGAACCGCAACUUAUAAGGAUGAAAUCUUUAGAGGAUCGCAUGAAGAUGGGGCGGACGAAAGCUCAGGCACUAAAUGAUCGCCUCGAAAACAUGAGAACUGAGAUUGAGUGCUGGGAGAAAAAAGAAAAGGAUUACCAGGACCGUAUGAACCGGAGAUUCCGAGUGUUCUGGACCUUCGUGGCAGCAGGUGUACUUGCAGCACUUCUGGCCGUUGCUGUUCAGCAC